AUGGCUACGCAAACGAUCCAGACUGCAACCAGUUCCUUACAGCCAUAUGUCCAUCCACCAGAGAGCAAAGAGCCCUUGCAGUAUGCAGACUUGGUUAUCAUUGAUCUCGGCGAGUUCGAUAAGCCUGGAGGUAAAGAGAGACUAGCAAGCCAGCUGAAAGAUGCAGUGCACAAUGUUGGGUUCUUCUAUGUCACCAAUUUCGGCUUAAGUCAAGAUGAAAUCAAUCGUCAAUACGCGAUCGGACGGGAAUUCUUCGCUCUCCCUGAGGACGUGCGCAAGUCUUACCGAGCACCCCUUGAAGAGGGAAUUUACAAUGGCUACCGGCCACUGGGAUCCAUCCAGGUUCUCCCGGGGCUAUGGGACAACAUUGAAUUCUAUAACAUUAUGAAAUUUCUGCCGCAGUAUGAGCGCGACCACCCUGAAAUAUUCCGCCAGCACUGGAGCGAAAUAGAACGCUUCCAUCGCCACGUCCACGAACAUGUCGGAUACAAGCUGCUCCAGCUUCUCGCCAUAGUCCUGGAGCUUCCCGAAGACCAGAUCUCAAACGGUCAUCUUUACGAAUCAAACUGCGACAGCGGUCUUCGUUACAUGAACUACCGCGCCCGUCCAGCGGAAGUGAACGAGCAAUUCAAGGAUCUCUAUUCCCGCGGCCACACUGACAACGGCACAAUCACGUUCCUUUUUCAGCAGCCCGUUGCAGCACUCCAAGUCAAAAAGUACGAAGACUCGCCUUGGGAGUGGAUUCGGAUCUCCGAAGGCACUCUUUCUGUCAAUAUCGCCGAUAUGCUGUCUAUUCUUUCCAACGGGUACUUGAAAAGUGGCGUGCAUCGCGUCACGGUUCCCCCCAAAGACCAAGAGGCGCAAGACCGUUUGGGACUUCUGUAUUUUAUUCGACCUAGCGAUCGACUGACGUUGAGAAGCUUUGAUAGUCCACUUCUCCGUCGCGAGGGGUACUACGAGGAAGGCAAAGAAUAUAAAAUCGAUAUCCCAGCCCCGGAAUGGACGCGAGCGCGAAUCAAGAAGAACUGGUCACGAUCGCCUACAGAUCCCAGUGCGGGGACACAGAUGGGUGGAUUUUCAGUGAAGCAUUUCCAUGACUAA